AUGAACUGGAUUCUUCUGAUCCUGUUUACAGGCCCUGCAGUAUUGGGAUCCCUUGUGAAGGGAACGGUUGGUCAGAAUAUCACUGUGCCCUGCUUUUACAGUGUUAAGACGACACAAGACAUCACAUCGAUGUGCUGGGGUCGUGACAGCUGCCCUGUUUCAAAAUGUUAUCGGACCAUUAUCUGGACAGAUGGGUGGAAGGUGACAGAGAAGUACAACAGCAGGUAUUCGUUGGAAGGGAACCUGCAGAAGGGUGACGUGUCCCUCACGGUCAUGAACGCCGAGGAAGCAGACAGUGGGAUAUACUGCUGCCGCGUGGAGAUCUCAGGGUGGUUCAAUGAUCAGACGAGUAAUCACAAAGUUGUGAUAGAGAAAGCUAGGAUCUCUACUGCAAGUCCUCACACUUACACCUCUGAACAGACCUCAGCUCCUAGGAGCGCCAGCGAAUCAUCCUUUGCCAUCACAAGAACGUGGCCGUCUGUUUCUGCUUCAGAAGCUCCUCAGACUGCCUCUGGUCCCUGCUCGGGCACCUCAGACUGCUUGGUUGUAACUGCAAACAUGCAGAACAUGUCUGUAUCCUUUCCCAGUCAGCAGUAUUCAGAAAAUGGGCUGUACAUUGGGAUUGGUUUAUGUGCAGUACUUCUAGCAGUCCUUAUUUUGGCUCUGUUCCUCGCUAGACCUUCGUUGCGUUUUGGAGGCCAGAAGUUCCCGUCAGCUAAAAUGUCCUAUUUUAUGCUUUUUCACUGGAUUAUGAUACAGACCUUUAUAGUGCACACUGCAUCCGAAGCUGUUGUUAGAGGAGUAAUAGGGCAAAAUGUUCAGUUGCCUUGCUUCUACCAGGUGGCACGACGCAAAGACAUCUCCGAUAUGUGCUGGGGCAGAGGCCCGUGCCCAAAAUCAAAGUGCAGUGACAAAAUUUUGCACACCACUGGGAAUAGGGUGACGUUCAGAAAAUCUCAGAGAUACAAUCUUCAGGGCUAUAUUUCCUAUGGAGAUGUGUCUCUCACGAUCGGGAAAGUGAAGGCAGAAGACGCAGGUAUAUACUGCUGCCGUGUAGAAAUCCCGGGUUGGUUCAAUGACAUCAAAAAGAACAUGCGGCUGGAGGUGGUCAGAGCGCCUCCAGUGUUGACAACCACCACAAGAAAGACUCCCAUUUCCCCCAAACAUUUUAGAAUAACAACUUCUGCUCCUGAAGCAACCUCUGACCAUCAAACGACAACAACAGCAGAGACUACUGUCCUCCUGACAACCACUGUGCCUCCAGCAACAACUGCAACCACCGAGUUUCCAGCAGUAAUUACACUGGAGACCGUUGCUCCCCCAACAUUUGCUGUGACAGCAAAUGAUACAUUUCCAGAAACUAUGGUGACAACCAGUGCUCUCCCAGAUUUUUCAGCUGGUUUCCAAGCAGGUGGCAUGAGUACUGAAGAUGACUACGUGUUCUGCUCAGCAGAGUCUGUCUAUCUUCCUGGAAUGACUACUGAAUUUCCAAAUACACUUCUGACUGCAGAGGGAACUAAAAGUGCUCACAAUUCUCUCGUGGUGGAUGACCAGCCAGCUGUGGCAACAACCCUGCCAGUGCCAACCACGCUUCAGACCCCAAAGAGAACCCGUGCUCCUUCAGGUACGGAAGAGAUUUCAGAAAGUUCAGACAGCAAGGCUGAGAAACAUGAUGAUAAUGGAGAUAAGAGAAUAGAGCCAAAACCUGUGACCAUCCCAUCUGGCUUGGAUGCUUCAGAAAAACCUCAUCCCCCUGACACCCCUUUUCCCAGGUAUGCCAUUCUCACUGCCAUUCUCAUAGUGGCGUCCAUUCUUUUAGCAUCGAUGCUCUUAUUGUUGUUCUGGAAACGUAAACACACAAAGAAGUUUAUAAUAAAAAGCCUUGGACAAGUGGAAGACCUUGAAAAAGUUUUCAGUGGCGCUGAAGGAGAAAACAACAUUUUUUCCCUGUGA